AUGGCUUCGACAGCAGCACACAGCCGCCUGCACGAUGAAGACGACGAUGAUAUCCUCGAUAGCGAUCUUAUUGAUGACGAUGACGCCAUCGAGGCCGACGACCCGUUGAACACCUCCGACACAGCACCUCUACGAGGCAACAUCCAAUCAGACGUCAACGCCGUCGGCAGCUCUUCGUCCUCACGAGGAGGAAACAGGAUUUCGUCAAAUUACCUCACCUCCUCAAUCCCCGGCGAAGACCGUCGCGCGCCGCAAAACACCAUUGACGAGAGCGUCUGGGACACGCUGUCGCGCGAUUUUUUGGCUGUGUGGGAGAAGAUGCGGCAGGUGCUGUGGCCAAAGUAUCUAUUGGGCGGGUUUAUGCAGCGCGGAGGCGGUAUUGGUGCUGCUGAGAGAGGUGAAGCAGCAACUGGGUUUGGCAGUAAUGGAUUGCGCGGCCUUGUUGGGCGCUGGCCUGAUGCCGAUGUUGUGUUGCAGGGUGGGAUGAGUGAGGGUCUGAGGGACUGGGAUCUAUGGGGCCCUCUGAUUUUCUGCUUGCUUCUUAGCAUGUUUCUCUCGAUGCGUGCUCAUGACGAUCAGUCGUCGCUUGUCUUCUCCGGCGUGUUUUCCAUGGUCUGGAUCGGUGAGGCGAUUGUGACUUUGCAGAUCAAGCUUCUCGGAGGCAAUAUCUCCUUCUUCCAGUCAGUCUGUAUCAUCGGUUACACCCUGUUCCCUCUCGUGAUAGCCUCGAUACUCAGCGCGUUCGGCCUCCCUACUAUUGUGCGAAUCCCCGUCUAUCUGGUCUUGAUUGCCUGGUCUCUCGCCGCCGGCACAAGCAUCCUCGGCGGAUCGGGCGUGGUCAAAAAUCGGGUUGGCAUUGCUGUCUACCCCUUGCUGGUGUUUUAUAUUUCGAUCGGCUGUCUGUGCUUCAUCAGCUAA